AUGCUACCCUCUACCUUAUCCGGAAAGCUAGCACCUGCUCUCCUGUUCCCUCCUCAGUCGUUGCCUGCCCUUCCUCUUGUUUCUCUCCAGCCGAUUCCUACCUUCUCGGGCAAGCCAUUACCUGCUUCCCUGUUCAUCUCUCAGCAGAUUAAGAAAGAGAUUCAAAAACAACUCAGUAUUGGUUUCCUGUCAGUGGUCGAAUAUCCUAAGUGGUUGGCUAAUGUCGUCCCUAUUCUAAAGAAGGACAAUAAGGUUAGAGUAUGUGUUGAUUUUCGAGAUCUGAACAAGGCCAGUCCUAAGGAUGAUUUUCCCCUCCCACACAUUGAUAUGUUGAUUGACAGCACUGCAGGACAUUUGAUGUUGUCCUUCAUGGGUGGGUUUACUAGGUUGAAGAAUGCAGGGGCCACCUAUCAAAGAGCUGCUACUACUCUAUUCCAUGACAUGAUGCAUAGAUAUGUUGAGUUCAGAUUAAGAUUGAAUCCCAAGAAGUGCACCUUUAGGGUAACUUCUGGGAAAUUGUUGGGGCAUGUCGUUAGUGAGCGUGGUAUAGAGGUUGAUCCAGAAAAGAUCAGAGCCAUACUUGACAUGCCUGCUCUGAGGACCGAGAGAGAGAUCAGAGGCUUUCUUGGCAUAUUACAGUAUAUCAAUCGUUUCAUUGCCAGAUUGACAGACAUAUGCGAGCCUAUCUUCCAUCUUCUGAGGAAGAGCCAACCUACAGUUUGGGAUGAUGAUUGCCAGCACGCUUUCGAGAAGAUUAAGGAGUGUCUCCUUUCUUCUUCAGUUUUAGUACCGCCUACGCCAGGGCGCCCUCUGCUUCUGUACUUGUCAAUAUCGGAGAUUGCCACCAGAAAACUGAGACAAUAUGUGACCGAGUAUUCCAUAUUAGUAGUCUCACGAUUAGAUCCAUUGAGAUAUCUGUUUGACAUGUUUAUUUUGACUAGUAGGCUCAUGAAAUGGUUAGUGCUACUGAAAGAGUUUGAUAUUCAGUAUAUCACGCAGAAAUCAGUAAAAGGAAGCAUUGUUACAAAUCAUUUGGCUUCUUUGCCAGUAUCUGAUGAAAAACCGGUUGACGACGAUUUCCCUGAUGAGCAGUAUGUCUCAGUGACUAGUAUUGCAGGAUGGCGGUUGUACUUUGAUGGUUUCGCCAAUCAGUCGGGGUUUGGUAUUGGCAUCCUAUUGAUAUCACCUCAAGGUUAUCAUAUUCCCAGAUCAGUCCGUUUGGCAUUCUUCGAUCAUCACCAGUUGAUGAAUAAUGUUGUUGAGUACGAGGCAUGCAUUACAGGUCUAGAGAUUGCGCUCGAUCUUGGAGUUAGACAGUUGGAAAUCCACAGGGAUUCCAACUUGGUUAUUCAGCAGACUCAGGGUAUCUGGAGGACUCGGGAUGAGAAGUUGAAACCCUAUCAUGCUUAUUUGGAUUUGUUGGUUGAUAGGUUUGAGGAGUUGAGAUAUAUACAUCUGCCCAGGGCAAAAAAUCAGUUUGAUGAUGCGCUAGCCACUUUGGCUUUUGUGAUUGAGAUCCCUAUGGGAGUGACUAUGCGAUCAUUGCUGAUUGAGACCAGAUCUGCACCAGCUUAUUGUUGUCUAAUUGGAGAUAUCAAGGAUCAAGAUGGACUACCAUGGUACCAUGAUAUUUAUCAGUUUCUGUCAUGUGGCGCUUACCCUGAGUCAACCACUAUCAAGGAUAAGAGAGCUUUAAGGCAGUUAGUCACUAGAUUUGUGAUUUGUGGAGAGUCAUUGUACAGACGAUCGCCCGAUGGCCUAUUGUUGUUAUGUCUAGAUCGUACCUCUACAAAUCGAGUGAUGAGAGAGAUCUCGCCCAAGUCUUCCAGCGAGCACGAGUACAUCUUAGUAGCCAUUGAUUACUUCACCAAGUGGGUGGAAGCCGCUUCUUACGCCAAAUUGACAGCGGCUAUGGUAGCCAAGUUCAUCAGAUCGCAUAUUAUCUGCCGAUACAGGAUCCCUCAUGAGCUGAUCUCAGACAGAGAGCAUCAUAGAUCAUCUACGUAUAGGCCGCAAACUAAUGGGAUAAUUGAGGCCACGAAUAAGAAUAUUAAGCGGAUUUUGAGGAUGAUGGUUGAGACUUCUCGGGAUUGGUCAAAGAAGCUCCCUUUCACACUAUGGGCUUAUCGCACUUCUUUUUGUACCUCUACCGGAGCAACGCCUUACUCCUUGGUGUAUGGUAUGAAAGCAGUGCUACCUGUUGAGAUUGAGAUGGGAUCUUUGAGAGUAGCACUAGAGUAG